UAUAAAUAAACAUGGCUACAUUGUUAGUCGCUUAACAAAAUGUUCUAACCGCAAUAAGGAACAUAUUUUAUUUAAUGGGUAACAUAAGCGAUGUCGAAAAGACCAUUGAACGAAAGCCCAAAGAAGCACAAUUAUUAUAUGCCGCUGAAAAUGGGCAAGUUGAUAAGUUACAAGCCCUUCUUUCCGAGAAGGACGUUCAGGUAGACUGCCCAAAUAGUUCUGCUGUUACAGCUUUAUUUCUGGCAGCGAAAGAAGGACACGAUGAAUGUCUCAGGCUGUUACUUGAAGCUGGAGCAAAAGUAAACGGCAUCGGGCUUGGUAACACAGCACUAACGCCGCUGUGGGUAGCGACUUACGCCGGUCAUAAAAACUGCGUGGAAAGAUUGGUAAAAGCAGGUGCCGAUCUCAAUACAAAGUUUCCUGAAACACCUUUGUUUAUUGCGGCACGUGAAGGAAAGGCAGACUGUCUCAAGAUUCUAAUAGAAGCUGGUAGUAAUGUUAAUGUUAAGAACAAUCGAGGACAAAAUCCAAUGCAUAUUGCUUGUUCAGAAGUUCACGAGAGCUGUGUAGAACUUUUGGUAAGUGCAGCGACUUUGAGUGACUUACAUAAUCAAAUAUUUGGCUCGGACUGCGAAAUUAUUACACCAUAGAGUGGCAAAGUAGCAGGGGGGGAUGCACUGCACUCAGGGAGGGCUUGUGGCCAGUAGUUGAUUAUUGUAACCCGGAAUAAUCCUAUGGUCAGUUUUAAGUAAAAUAUUUCUUUCAAGGCAAGGGGUCCUGGCUUGUCAUUCGAUCGCCUAAGGCAUUGUUUAAUCUAUCAGCAUCUUGGUAUCUUGCUCUGAGUAACUUUAUCGGAUCAAUAUCAGUAUCUGGGCAACUACCCACCUACCCCUCCCCUAACCCAGCAACAGUCUAUCGAUAACAACUUCGGCUUAAUGUUGGGUUAAGGGAGGGGUAGGUGGGCAGUUGCCCAGACACUGAUGUUGAUCCACUUUAUCCUUACAACAUAAAAUUUUCCCUGUUUUGCGUCAUCAUAGGCAAACACAGAAUGUGAAUUGGAUGCUAUAGAUCAGAGUGGUUGUACUCCUUUGCACCAUGCAUGUAUCAAUGCACCAGAUGGUCACAGUUCAGUCAAGGUAUUUAUAGUUACCUUUCGAACUUUCUUUUAAUAAAUCAUACAUGUGAAGCUUGGUUUAAGAAAUGAAUUUGAAAGUGAUCUUUGCAGUAAUGAACACUGUCUAGGCAGUAUUUAAAAUAAGGCCUGAAAAAAAAUUCAGGUCUGUAUGGGAUUUGAACCCAAGACCUUUGCAAUACUGUUGCACUGCUCUACCAACUGAGCUAACAAGCCCACUGGGAGCUGGUCAUUAUGUUGGUUCAUAUUAAACCUGUGAAGUGAUGACUAAAUGACUGUAAGUAUAUGAAAAUCAUACUUGUGAACUGCAGUUUAAGAAUUGAAUUUGAAAGUAACAUUUGCAGUAAAAGUUACCUUUUUAUUGGCAAUAGUUACAUUUAUACUACUGACUUUAAAAAAUAAUUAUAAUAGAAGCAAAGUACUUUCAAGAGUUUUUCUAGACAGCUUAAGAAGUAAUAAAAGCCCUCAACCACAAAUUCUGAUGUACAUGCCUUGGAUAAGAAGCUAUGACAUACAUUACAUGCUUUUUCUUUUACUUGUUGAUAAUAUUCAAUUGUUGCACAAAGGCUUCACAUCAAAUCCCUGGGGUUCAUUCAGAAUUUAUAACUCAUGUAAAUUUAUGGAAGAAAAUUACAGAAGUCCAUAACUAUGCUAGUAUUUUUAGACAACUAUGCUUUGAUACUUAAAAACUUGGCACAAUUGCAAAAGAAAGGCAUCUGUGCUGGACUCCAUCAAACUCCAUAGAACUCUUUAGUUAGGGAAACAUUUGACUGUGAUCUUUAUUAUAGUGGUCAUGUAUAAUGAAAACAUUGCAAAAGUUUCAAGACUUUUUAAGUUGAAAGGUUGUAAAAUUUAUGCGAAGGUUUUUUUCAACAUCUUACUCUAGGAGUUUUCAGUUUGUGUUUUUAUGUGGAAUAUUUUCAACAAAGCAGUUACUAUGCAAAGUAAUUAGAGCUGAUCAGAAGCAUUUUAGACCUUAGGAAGGAGAAUGGUGUAAUGUGACCUUUCAAAAUUUACUGUGUAAAGGUAACACAAGAAUAUUCUCUCAAUUGUCAUUUAGAUGCUUGUGCAAAUGGGAGCAGCAGUAAAUAUUUCUUCUAGAUGUUGGAACCAUGCCACAUCCUUGCACUACUGUUCACAACUUGGAAAAAUAGAAAAUGUAAAACUUUUAAUAAAAUAUGGUGCAAAUGUGUUCAUAAAAGACAAAUGUGGUCAGACAGCAAGAGACAGGGCUCAGAAAUACCCAGAAUGUGAAAAACUUCUUCAACAACAAGAAGGUGUUUCAAAACCUUAUCCUAUUACUCAUUGCAUAUAUUUUGUACAAUUUUUUGUAAUUUUUGCUUGUGGUAGAGUAAACCUCACUGUUUCCUUUUUAAUCCACUAUUUUUAUGUGUGUUUCCUUCUGAAACAAUAAUAACAACAACAAUUGUUAUAAUGGUUUCUCUAAGUUAUCCACAAAUCUUCCCAUAGAAGAGAAUAUCAUUGAAAUGCUCCUUCCCAAAUCUCAUACAGAAACCACUGAGAAGGACCUUACUAAUAUCAUAUACUGACUACCUGACACAUUUGAUUAUUAUUAUUAUUGUUUGUUAUUAUUAUUAAUCAAUAACUUUUACCCUGACACACAGCUAGACCAUCAAGCUUGCUCCAGUUGAGUUGCUGGUCACUCAGAGGAACCCUGGGAACUAAAGGUCUCAAGAAAGUACAUGAACUGCCAAUACCGCUGACUCUCAAACAGUUUUUACUAUAACAAUGGAAUAUUUUACACAUCAUCUAAACAAUUUGUUAUUCAGGUGAAAACUGAUCCAUCACUGCAAAGUCUAUCUCCUGUUACACAAAGUCAUAGUAAAACCAGGCAGAGUGAGGGAAAACAAAACUGAUACUGUCGCACCGUUUUGAAGUUAUGUAAUCUGAACUGAAGGUCUUCUGAGAUAGUAGUGGUUAAAAUAUAUUGGAACAAUGGGUAAUCCAGUACUACACAGAAUAUGGUUUCAUUUCCGUUAUCUUUCGAACCAUAUUCACUAUUGCGUUCCCUUGAACUUUCUUGGCUAUGAGACCUGCAGUCGGGCACGGUUACAAAAUCACUGAACCUCUGGCUGUCAAAUUUUACUUUCACAGAAUUUCCAUUAGGAUGUACUUUCAAACUUCCUAUGUGUAUCAGAUGAUAGUUAAGAAGUGUUACUUUAUGAAAAAAAUUGAUGGUUUUCUUUUUGACGAUAUAUCAGAAGUUGGUUAUACUGUAAAGCCCUGUUCAAACGGUCAUAAUAGUUAAUGAAAGUUUCAACUACCACGCGCUUGAACACGAACUAUCAUGCACUGUCAUUGACUAUGAUGUAGUUUGGGCAUGUUCCAAUUUGACAUGAUAGUUGAUGAUAGCUUUUACCGUUUGUACGCGUGGGUGAUUGUGAAUGAUAGUUUUUACGGUAAGCAGUUAUGUCAAAGAUGGGCCCAAACCGAAAUAGCAAAGGGUAAAAUGUAGUUGUUAAAACUUCGCAGAAUGUCUCGUAGUUCAUUCUCAUCAUCCCCUGGUAGGCUUCAGUAUCUUCAACUCGCAA